GGAGUUGUGAGAACAGCUUACAGAAUGCCAGGCCUCGAUUGUGAGAAAACUCACAGGCGUCAGCAGCAAACCCACUGAGAGCUGGGGUUUAGAUUGGCCUACAACUUUCCAAGUGCUGCUUUCUCUUCAGAGCUCUUCCGCCUUCUACGCUUUCUGCAUCCUUGCACACUUGCUUCGAUGAACUGAACUACUGAGAUGAUGAAAAGAGGCUUUUACCCUCAAUAUCUGCAUUAAAGACAAAAAGACAAACUUAGACUUAAGAAUGAAGACAAUCAUCUUGUUUGGUUUGGUGCUUGGAGCGCUCUCUGCUGCAGGCAACGUUUAUAUCGCAGAGGUUGGGGGCAAAGUCACCCUGCAGUGUGGCGUCACAAGGUUCAGUUCUAGGCUGGAGUGGCAGCAUGAUAGUCUACGUAUACUUGUAUUCGAGAAAAAUGGUUUCGUUAACAAAGGAUCAAGUGAAAUUAAACAGAGGGCAAAGAAAUCAAAAGAGACAGACAUGGAAAUCUCCAAUAUAAAGGAAACCGAUUCUGGAAAGUUUACUUGUGUUGCAGAUCGUUCACCUCAUGACCACCAUCUGAUCGUAGUUUCAGUCUCUGCUCCCUCUGGUCCUCUAGAGGUUGGCGCUGACGCUACUCUGGAGUGUAAAGCAAAUUCUGGAGUGUCAGGUCAAAGCCAGGCUGUAGUCAAGUGGAGGAAACCUGAUGGUUCAGUUCAGACCGUAUCCAAAGUUGAGCUCAAAUCUGUUGCUUUAACAGAUGAAGGGACUUGGCAGUGUCUAGUGUCCUAUCAAGGGAAGGAAUUUACUAAAACUGUAACCAUCAAUGUAGAAGAACCUGUUCCAGAACCAACAACUCCCAUAAUAGUCAACAAUCCCAAAUACCCAAAUUCAGGAAAUGGGAAGAACUCCUCUGGAGGCGUCAGAGGACCUGAGGACCCAAUGAUGCUGCUGGGCCUGGUUUGGUGGAUUUGGGUUGCAAUCGGAGCUGGAGGCCUGGUAGUUAUCAUCCUGAUCAUUGUCAUCAUUGUCAUGCACAAGAGGAACAAAAGAAAGAAGAAGAAAUUUCUGAGGAUGAAGAAAGCCCAACUCUCUCAGAAACCAAAGAAGUACUGCCAGUGUGUGCGCCAAACAGCUGCAGCAAAGCCGCAGCAAGGACGCCGGAGAGAGAAGCCGUCAGCCCUGCCGCUUCAACCUCUGCUGCAGGAGUGACAUGAAAGAGGGAGGAAGGAGAGAUAAAGAGAGAGAGAUGGAGAUAAAGAGAAGGAGUGAACAGCAGAGGGUGAAUGUGGCAUGAAUGUAAAUGAGCGUCUGAAUGAAAGUAUAAUCAAAUGUAAUGCUGUCAGCACUUUGAGCUUUUUCAGCAAAUACUGUAUAGGCGGUGAUCAUUGUAACUUUAGCUUUAACAUGUAUUUUUUUAAUGCUCUUAGUGUAGAUCAACAUGCUAGUGAUAGCCAUCAUGCUAAUGUUAGCAUCUUAGCUAAAAUGAGCAAAUUUGAGCUCAUUUUGAUAUAAAAGCACAAGCUAAUUGAUUUAAAGCUGCAGUGUUUGACUUUCAAAAAAGUUUAACUUGUUAAAACUAUAACCAUGUCGUGACAAGAUGAGAUAAUCCUUGAAAAGAAGGAUCUUCUCCACCCACUCCUGACCAAAAAUAACCAAUCAGAGCCAGGAGGUGGGUCUCAGUGAUGCCAAUCAUCCUCGUGUACUCAAAGUGCUAAAGGCGGAGAAAUAACUUUACGUUACGGGAAAACCAUUAAUCUGUGUCAUCAGUGGCUAUGCUAACUAGCCUAGGUUUCACAACAGUCUUUGCUAGCUGCAGAUUAGCAGAAAGCAAGGGGAGAUGAGCAGUGUUACAUGGAAGAUGAUUGACAGCACUAAGACCAGCCUCCUGGCUCUGAUUGGUUGUUCCUAGAUAUCAGUAGGAGGAGGCAAAAUUAAUUUAAUAGAUUUUCAGUCUCAUAUUAUACUGUCACAAUGCUAUAACAACAAAUAUGUUAAAAAUAUAUUUUUUAUAAGUUACAUACUGCUGCUUCAAUGUUAAGACUCUUGCCGUCUUUUUUCAACCUUCAUCUCUUUGUUUCUGUUUCCGUCACCUGAAGAAUUUGCAAGAUAAACAUGUGAACAUUCCUUUAUUAAUGCUUCAUGCUAGCAUAUUUUAUCACUUGAUACGUACUUGUUAAUUUGUAAAAGUAUUGCCCUUUCUUAUUGCUGGUUGUAAAUAAAGAUAUUGACGAUUUGCUUCAA